GCCGAGCAGCAGCAGCAGCACUUUGCGAGGAUUACAAGCGGCUGCGCGCGGCGCAUCGCUGCGUCCCUUGCCACUCUGCACAGAUGCGCCUCACCCUCGCACUCCUCGCAUGCAGCGCGGCCGCGGCGGCGGAGCGCGCCUGCGAGGCGCUGCCGCCUUUAACAACCACGCGAACGAAGCCCUCCGUCGACGGCGGCUCGAACCUGUUCAUUGGUGGAGCGAGAAAGCCCUGGGACGGCCGCGUCGCCGAGGUGACGAGCCCGGUGUUUGACGAGGCGACCGGCGCGAAGGCGGUCCUGGGCCGCCUCGCGCAGAUGGACGCGACGGCGGCGAGCUGGGCCGCCGACGCGGCGAGCGAGGCCUGGGACCGGGGCCAGGGGCCCUGGCCCCAGGCGUCGCUCAAGGAACGAGCGGCAGCGAUCCGCGCGUUCCUCGACGAGCUCGAAAAAACGAAGCGCGACGAAAUCAUCGAGGUCCUCAUGUGGGAGAUCGCCAAGACCAAGCAGGACGCGACAAAAGAAUUUGAUAGGACCGUGGCCUUCGCGCGGACCGUCGUAGAUCAAGCUUUACAAACCGACGCGACGGAGCAAUUUGGAAGAUGGACCGGCGUCUCGGGCGUAAGGGCACGAGUCCGACGGGGCCCGGUAGGCGUGACGUUGAUGCUGGCGCCCUACAAUUACCCCUUAAAUGAAAUGUACGCGAUGAUGAUGCCCGCGUUACUGAUGGGAAACCCCGUGAUUUUGAAAUUGCCGGCGAUCGGGGCGUUAGCGCACGUUUUGACGAUUGACGCCCUGCAGAAAUGUUUACCGAAAGGUGUGGUGAACUUUGUCAGUGGUUCGGGGCGGGAAACGCUACCGAGCGUGAUGCAGGGCGGGCUGGUGGACUGCCUCGGGUUCAUCGGCGGGUCGAAGGGCGCCGACGCGCUCAUCAAGCAGCACCCGCACCCGCAUCGAUUGAAGGUGUUUUCCCAGUUGGAGGGGAAGAACCUGGGGAUUGUCUUCGCGGACGCGGACCUGGACGAGGCGGUGCGCCAGAUUUUGUUGGGCGCGCUGUCGUACAACGGCCAGCGGUGCACGGCCAUCAAGUUGGUGAUUGCCGAGAAAAGUAUCGCGCCGGUCUUGGUCGACAAGUUGUCCAAGGCCAUCGAAGAGUUACCAAGGGGCCUGCCGUGGGACGCCGGCGUCGAGAUCACCCCCCUCCCGGAGCCGAACAAGCCCCAGUACCUCGCCGAGCUGGUGGAGGACGCGACGAGCCAGGGCGCUCUUAUAAAAAACGCGCGGGGCGGCGCGACGAACGGCCAGCUCUACCACCCCGCUCUGGUGUAUCCGGUGACCCCGUCGAUGCGCCUCUUCCACGAGGAGCAGUUCGGACCCGUCGUGCCCGUCGCCGAGUUCGAGCAGGUGAGUGAAGUCAUUGACGUCGUCAAGGCGUCGUGGAACGGCCAGCAGGCCGCGGUGUUCACGUCGGACGCGGCCAAGGCGGCGCCGCUCGUCGACGCGCUGUCUACCAUCGUCGGCCGGGUCAACGUGAACAUGCAGUGCGCGCGGGGGCCCGACGUCUUCCCCUUCUCGGGGCGACGGUCGUCGGCCAUGGGCACGAUGUCGACCACCGAGUCGCUGCGGGCCUUCUCCGUCGAGACGCUCGUCGCCGUGCGCGACGACGACGCGGGGCGGGCGUUCGGCGACGCGCUCUCGACGCGGGCGAAGUUCCUGCUGCCGACGGCGUAGUAGGAGUGGUAACUUCACACAGUUAUUA